CAGCCAAAGCAGAAUCAUGAGGUUCAUUCUUUCAUUUUUAGGGCUCCUUUUAAUUCCUCAGGUGGUUGUUCUCACACGUCGCUUUGACAGUGAGAAAGUAUUUCGAGUGAAACUUCAGAAUGAAAACCAACUAAAUGUGUUGAAGGACUUGGCCUCUAUAAUACAGCUUGACUUUUGGCAUCCUCAUUCAAUUCAUCAUGUUCUCAUUGGAAAAGAAGUGGAUUUCCGAGUCAGCUCAGACCAGGCAAACUUUGUGCAAAAGAUCCUGGAGCAAAGUCAAAUGCAGUACAAAAUUUUAUUCCACAAUCUGCAAGAAGAAAUUGAAAAACAGUUUGAUGCAGGAGAACUUUUCCGUGAAAAGUACUACUACACACGAUAUAAUGAAUGGGAAAAGAUUGCCGCAUGGAGUAAAAGAAUGGCCAACAAAAAUCCCAAACUGAUCUCCAGGAUCGAGAUUGGAAAGACUUAUGAGAAACGGCCUAUGUAUGUCCUUAAGGUUGGGAAACAGAGUGGCCAAAAGAAAGUUAUAUUUAUGGACUGUGGUAUUCAUGCACGGGAGUGGAUCUCACCAGCCUUCUGCCAAUGGUUUAUAAAGGAGGCUGUCAGGACGUAUGGAAUAGACCAGGACAUGACAAAACUCUUAGACAACAUGAACUUCUAUGUUCUUCCAGUGUUCAACAUUGAUGGUUAUGUCUGGACAUGGACCAAAGAUCGCAUGUGGAGAAAGAAUCGUUCCAAUAACUCCAACAGUGAUUGUAUUGGCACUGACCUGAACAGGAAUUUCAGAGCUUCUUGGGGCUCAAUCACAAAAGAUGGAUCACAUGACCCUUGUAAGCCAGUAUACCGUGGUUCCUCAGCAGAAUCUGAGCCAGAAACAAAGGCAGUUGCAAGCUUUAUUCGGGCACACCUUGCCUAUAUCAAAGGAUAUAUAACCAUCCAUGCCUACUCUCAGAUGCUGUUGUUUCCUUAUGGCUACACGAUGGAAAAAGCACCUAACCAUAAAAAACUGAAUGAAUUGGCUAAGGAAGCCGUGGAUGCCUUAUAUAGCCUCUAUCAUACACACUAUGUAUAUGGACCAAUUGCAACCACAAUUUACCCUUGUUCUGGAUCUUCCAUAGACUGGGCUUACAAUGAAGGCAUAAAGUAUUCAUAUGGCUUUGAGCUUCGUGACCGUGGCCAAUACAGUUUCCUCCUGCCUGAAAGUCAGAUAAAACCUACCUGUGAGGAAACCAUGCUGGCAAUCAAAGUAAUUGCCAAUCACAUUGUCAGUACCACUCAGUGAAGACUUACUCACACUUGCUUACAAAAGAAAUUCUCUCUUCCUUGGCUGCCAUUUUCUCUUUGGGCUCUGAAAUACCUGUAAUUAUAGAUUAUUUUUUCUGAUUUUUCUAUUCCACUGAUAUUUUGUUGCCUUUUCCUUUCCAUGGUUUUCAAUAAUAAUUAAACUUUGAAAAUGCAGUUUUAAAUAUUAUAGGGACAAAUCUCCUGAUAGAUUCAUAUCAUUCAAGCAUAUGGUAUUUGCUGAGCAACUCUUGAACUCACUUCUUUGCCCUUUAAUGAAGACAUCUCUGACAACUCUGAUGAUUAUUCUUCCAUUGCUCUGUUUGAAUAUUUGUGGCUUAUUUCAUGUGGUGGAAAUAUACAUAUAGAAAUAUCAUAAACAAAGAAAUGGAACUGAUUGUAUGGAUCUUUCUCACCCUGUCCACCAGUCACUUAGCAAAGUGACUUCCCUGCAAGUAGAGUGUCAAUCAGAUGAAGAUCAAAAGUAGCACACUCCCAUCAUGGUUCAAUGGAAGGUUGUGAAGAAAGGAGGACUCAGUUCCCAACAACUUGGUAUGUGUGGGUACGGCCUUAUGAUCCUGUCCUAAAAUAUCUGAAAUUAGCUUCUAUAUAUCUGUCCCAAAAUCACCUUUGCUGCUGGGUUCUUUCUGAGAGCAAGUCUUGCCACUGCCAAUCAGAAGGCACCAUCUCCUGAUUGGUAGUGGCAAGACUUCCGUCUUUUUCUCCUGAACUGUUUGUUUUAUGCUAAGAAAAAAGAUGGGAAAAUAUGUGACAGUUAUAAAGGGAAGACAGUGAUGUUUGGACUCUCCCCCUCAAUACAGUUCUGGGAAUGAGGCAAGAUAAUUGCACAAUAAAAGGAUUGUCUCAAAGCAUCUAAUAUUGCAAUUUAGUAAUUCAGUAUUAAUGGGUUCACUGCAUUCUCAUGUUCAGUUCAUCACUUAAUGUGCCACCAUUCAUCCACUUUGCAAGAGCUAAUCUACAUUUCAUACACAAUCCAGCAAAACAGCUACCUAAAUUAGAUCCAAUUUGUUGUUAAAAGGAGGGAUAAAAUUCAUUUUGGCUCCAAUAAACGAACCUAUAGUCCUAUUUUAACCAAAGCAGCAAAAGUAAAUUUGAAUGAAAGCAUAUUUUAUUCUCUAUCUGCCUGAUUACGGUUAUUUCUUCCUUUUACAAAAUGUUUGCUCUUGAUAUUACUUGCUUAGCAGUAGUUUUCUUAAUAAAUCCUGUGCAUCAAGCUAAA